AAAGCCCCGCCUUCUGCGCGUGACCUGCCCCGCCCCCGCUCCACUCCUCUGUCACUUCCUGAUUCCCGCUUCCUGCUUCCCAGAGGCCGGGAUCCGGAGCCGCCCGAGGUUGCAGCCGCAGUCCCGGGCGCCCCUGGCGAGCGGUGAGCGAUAUGUCCUUCCGAAAAGUGGUGCGACAGAGCAAAUUCCGGCAUGUGUUCGGACAGCCGGUCAAGAAUGACCAGUGCUAUGAGGAUAUUCGAGUGUCCCGGGUCACCUGGGACAGUACCUUCUGCGCCGUCAACCCCAAGUUCCUGGCAGUGAUUGUGGAAGCCAGUGGCGGGGGAGCCUUUAUGGUGCUCCCUCUAAGCAAGACAGGCCGCAUUGACAAGGCCUACCCAACAGUGUGUGGGCACACAGGACCUGUUCUGGACAUUGACUGGUGUCCCCACAAUGAUGAAGUCAUUGCCAGUGGCUCAGAGGACUGCACAGUCAUGGUAUGGCAGAUUCCAGAGAAUGGGCUGACCUCACCUCUGACUGAGCCAGUAGUGGUGCUUGAGGGGCACACCAAGCGUGUGGGCAUCAUCACCUGGCACCCCACAGCCCGGAAUGUGCUUCUCAGUGCAGGUUGUGACAAUGUGGUGCUUAUCUGGAAUGUGGGCACUGCAGAAGAGCUGUACCGCCUCGACAGCUUGCACCCUGACCUCAUCUACAACGUGAGCUGGAACCACAAUGGCAGCCUCUUCUGCUCAGCUUGCAAGGACAAGAGUGUCCGCAUCAUCGAUCCCAGGCGGGGCACCCUGGUGGCAGAGCGGGAGAAGGCUCACGAGGGGGCCCGGCCCAUGCGGGCCAUCUUUCUGGCCGAUGGCAAGGUGUUCACCACCGGUUUCAGCCGCAUGAGUGAACGUCAGCUGGCACUCUGGGACCCAGACAACUUUGAGGAGCCUAAGGCCAUGCAGGAGUUGGAUUCAAGCAAUGGGGCCCUGCUGCCCUUCUAUGACCCAGAUACCAGUGUGGUCUAUGUCUGUGGCAAGGGCGACUCCAGCAUCCGGUACUUUGAGAUCACAGACGAGCCUCCCUAUAUCCACUUCCUGAACACAUUCACGAGCAAAGAACCCCAGAGGGGUAUGGGUAGCAUGCCUAAGAGGGGCUUGGAGGUCAGCAAGUGUGAAAUUGCCCGGUUCUACAAACUGCAUGAGCGCAAGUGCGAGCCUAUAGUCAUGACUGUGCCAAGAAAGUCUGACCUCUUCCAGGAUGAUCUGUACCCUGACACAGCCGGACCUGAGGCUGCUCUUGAGGCAGAGGAUUGGGUGAGCGGGCAGGAUGCAGACCCGAUCCUGAUCUCACUACGGGAAGCCUAUGUGCCCAGUAAACAACGGGACCUGAAGGUCAGCCGGCGAAAUGUGCUAUCGGACAGCCGGCCUGCCAGUUCCAGCCGUCCCGGAGCCGCCACCGCCACCACAAUUACGGAUGUUCCCAUUGGCGCCCUUGCUGGGGCUGGUGAAUCUGGGAAACUGGAAGAGGUGAUGCAAGAGCUUCGGGCACUCCGGGUGCUGGUCAAGGAACAGGGGGAGCGCAUCAGCCGCCUGGAGGAACAGCUGGGCCGCAUGGAGAAUGGGGAUACAUAGGACCACCAGGGACCUGCUCCCGACACUGCCUCCUCCGCACCCCCUCUCACCUAGCUUCUGUGGCCAGGUCACAGCAGGCACUUUGCUGCUUAGUGCCUCUGGGGCAGGUCAGGGCCAGUUUGCACCUCUCCACAGCCUGGGGCCCAGGUUGGAAGCACCAUCUGGCUUUUGGAAGAUUUUUGUACCAAGGCAAACUCCCAAGUACUUCAAGGGACCAUCUUCUCAACCUGCCCAGCCCACUGCCCCCUCCCCAGAGAAAGCAGCAGAGAUGGUUCUAUAUUUUCAUUUUAAAUAAAAUGCUCUUUCUAAAGCCA